AUGGCGGGUUUUUUUUUGAAUAAUGUCACCAAAAAAUUAUUUGUAACGACUCCUACGGCAACAACAUUUUUUAAAACUUUAACAACAAUUGCAAAACCAAAAGUUUUCUUGGAUGUUACCGCUGAUGACGAACCUAUUGGAGCAAUUAAAUUAGCAUUAUGUACUGGAGAGAAAGGAGACACAUACAAAAAUUCAAAAUUUCAUCGUAUCAUUCCUAAAUUUAUGAUUCAAGGAGGCGAUUUCACCAAGCAUAAUGGUACAGGUGGAAGAUCGAUUUAUGGAAAACAUUUUAAUGAUGAAAACUUUAACUUGAAACACACCGGAGAGGGUAUUCUUUCAAUGGCUAAUUCUGGACCAAAUACCAAUGGAUCUCAAUUCUUUAUUUGUACAGCCAAUACCAGUUGGUUAAAUAAUAAACAUGUUGUUUUUGGUCGAGUUGUUGAAGGAAUGAGCGUAGUUCAAGCCAUUGAAAAACUUGGAUCAGAAGAUGGCACACCAUCUAAAACUGUUAAAAUUACUGAUUGUGGUCAAUUAUCAUAA